AUGGCCUCGCACCAGCGCAAUGAGCGCCUGCUCAUGCGCCAACGCGGUGCCGGACGCGAUGUACCAGUCACAGAUUUCAACUUGAACUUCGGCUUUCAGUCAACUCGGGUUUCCGGUCGCAGUUCACGAUCUCGUUCCAAAACGCCUGGACGUCAACCGCAAAAAGCGCCUCGGAAUUCACAAGCAUCGGUCAGGUCACGACGGAGCGCAUCAGCUGUCUCGAACACACAGCCGAGUGUUGCACCUAAGGAGCAGGUGCAAUCGCAGGAGCGACCAACGAAGAGGCGCAGGACAACGAUUGCGCCAUGGGGCGAGGUCUUGGAGGAAAUCGAGCAAGUGCCGGAGCCGGUCCAAGUUGGCAGCGAUGAGGGAUAUCAAUCAGACGGAGGCGCGCCGGAACAGCCAGGAGGGGACUCGAAUGACAAGGAGAAUGAUACGCCAGGACAACAGAAACGGCCGCUGAAGAAGAAGAAAAGGAAGUCUAUCGGCCAGCAGAGCGAACGUAACAAGAAGCGGCUGUCCGAUCAGCGCAAAAGAGAAGCUGGACAACGACUAAGUGCUGGUCCUGCUCCGCCAUUCAUAAGUGUGCCUGAAGACGAUCAUCCAGAUCAGUCCAACAUCGUCGUAUCUGGCGAUGUCAACGAACCCGAGAGCGACGUUCAGGACGGCAGCGUACGAACUGAGUCUCCUGUGGCUGCAGUCAAGCCGACCAUCUCCCGCAAGAGGAGAGGGAAACGUAAAUCAAUCACGUUCGAGCACCAGAGGAAGAAGCGUCGGAUCUCGCAGCAAAGCUCAGAGGCCGCCGACGAUGACGGCUCUGAAGUAGCGCUAUCCCAAGUAACACGAGCUAUCAGCAAUCGGCGAACAGCAAGCGCACCUCGGAUAUCUGCUUCACGAAGUGUAUCACCGCUCGAAUACCGUGAAGAGGACGCCUCGGAGGACGACUACGCGGAAGUAGAUGGCUCUCCCGACCCCACGACCCCAACGACUAGGAAUAGAAGCAAAGCAGGACGGAAGGAGAAAGGAAGUCAAGCUGCGAAACGAGCCUCGCACAGCAAUGGCAAAGCCAGCUUCCCCAUCCUCACUCAUCGCCUGACCAACAGCCAUAUGCUCCCGCGUAUUGACGAAGCUGGAGAGUCAGACUUGGACUCGGAGGACGAGCGAGCUCGGGAGUCUCAACUGAAGCUUGCGACCGAACGUCCUGUCCCCAAUGCGGUGGAUGUGCUUGCGCAAUAUUGUCGGGAAAUGGUUGAGACGGAAGUGAAGCGCCUUGAGGUAGGCGUGAGCAGCAAUCGAGCAGAACGGAAGCGUAAGCAAACAGCCGUUGAGCGGGUGGGCCAGGAAUUGAAUGACAGGCUCUUCGAGAUGUCUGACGCAAUUGAGGCGCGCAUCCAGCUCGAGGUCCAAGCUCGUCGCGCCAAGAAAGAGAAGGCAGAAUUACAGGCUCAGUGGCUCCAGCUUCGCGCACAAAGAGAAGAUGUUGCGCUGCGAUGCGAUCAUAUUCGGCAACAGAAUUGGCAACGAGACCGAGAAAGAGAAGCAAAAUGGACGAUCAGUGAGGCUGCUCGCCAGACUGAGAUGGAGCUUGACCGUUCCGAGGAACAGACAGAAGAGUCACUCGAGUAUCUGCUCAGAACCGUGGCUGUCGAUGUGAGCAACAGCCAGGGAGGUGGAGGCUUACUUGACCAGAUCAAGUCGUUCAAUACUCGCCUCGAGCGCAUGGCUGGGGUACUGGAGGGCCGCACAUGA